AUGCAGCAGUACAAAGUUCAAUCACAAAAGGAAUUAUAUUCUGAUAGUGAAAUUGAUUUUUCAAAUCCCAUUUCACCUUACUCUGUCUCACCGAUAUUAAAUCAAUCACAAAACAAAAGAUCAAUUAUCGAAUUGAUCGCUAAACUAGUUGUUGGUCUUAUCAUCGCUGCUUUUCUUGCUGGUAUAUUCAUUGUUUUAGUUGUUCGUCUUCCUACCGAUAGCAAUAACAACAAUGUCGCAUCGCCGCAGGAACAAGAAACCAGCGUGAAUUUGCUGAUUAAAUCCAAUGAGCACAUAGCUGAACUUCAACGUGAACAUGAAGUUCAACUUGAGAAAACACGACAAUUUCAAAUUGAAGUAGCGAAUAAAAGAAAUCGAGAAGCAGAACAACAAUAUCAAUGGUUAAUGGAACAACGACGUGUUUCAAUUCUCGAUAAAAAUCGUCGUGAAGAUCAAAUAAAUCAAAAUGAAAAAGAUUUUUAUGAAUUUCUUGACCAAACUAAUUUACUUAAUGCUCCUCACUCAAUUUUACAAGAAAAAGUAUUAAGUUUAAUUCGUCGUUUCGAUCCAUUUCACAAAACUUUACUGAUCAAGCAACUCUAUCAGGAAAACCUUCUUAAUAAAAGUUGCAUCUCUAUCAACGGAUCAAAAUGUUUGCUUUCACUGAUAGGUGCCGAUUUAAGUGGAAUUGAACUUGGAAAGAAAGAUCAAAGUGAUUGUAUUCCGACAAACUACAACUCUUUAAUUAUAUCUGGAGCCAAAUUAAUGAAUGCUUCGUUUGAUUGUUUGUUGUUAAAUAAUGCUAUUUUGGGUGUUAAUCUAUCCAAUGCUUCCUUUUCUCAUUCGCUUUUACACAACACUAGAUUAAGCUUUGCUGAUUUGACCAAAUGUAAUUUUCGAAACGCUCGAAUGAAUGGAGGAGACUUAUCCAUGUCCACACUACCACACGCACAAUUUCAAAGAGCAUCAUUAAUUGAAACAAUCCUUUUAGGAGUUAAAAGCGACUGGAGCGACUUUAGUGAAGCAAUUCUUGCAAAAUCAGCAUUUUCAGACGCUCAAUUAGCUAAUGCUAAGUUUGAUAAUGCUAAUAUAAGUGAAGUUCAAUUCGAUGGUGCACACUUAGAGAAUGUAAGUUUCUACAAAGCUUACGGUAUAAAAGAAACAUUUUGGAGUGCUCAUUUGACAAAUACUAAUUUUCAAGAAGCGAUUCUUCUUCAAUCUCAAUUCUUAGCUGCUAAAGGAAAUCAAACAGAUUUUUCCAAUGCAAUUCUUGAUAAAUCUAAUCUUCAAAAUAUUGAUCUAAAUGAAGCCUUAUUUUAUAAUACAAGUAUGAACAUGGUUUCAUUACCGUAUGCAAAAAUUAUUAAUAGCAAUUUACACUAUGCUUCGUUUAUUCAAGCUAAUUGUGAUGGAGCCCAUUUUGAUGGAUCUGAUUUGUCUCAUGCAAAAAUUAUCCACAGCUAUUUACGUUUUGCUUCAUUUAUUCAAGCUGAUUUUUUUCAAGCCAAUCUAACUGGAUCUUAUUUAACUCAAGUCAAUUUUACUGGAUCAAAGAAUUUAAAUAAAGAGCAACUUGAUGCUGCCUUUUCCAUUUCUGAAGCUUUUUUACCAGAUGGAACUAUAGGAAGAAAUAAAAAUCUUGUUAAAUACGGUCAUCCAAUGUGUAAUCAAUCAAUGAAUAAUUCAAUGUGGAUAAUAUCUCCUCAAACACAAAUGAUAAUUAUGAAUCAGAUUAACAGAACUAAUUGUGCUUUUCAAUCAAGAGCGUCGGAUGUUACCAGUAUGUCUCAAUUGGUUGAUAUUAAUUAUUAUGCCACACGAAUGAUGGAGUUGAGUGGAAAUGGUAUGAUUAGCAUUCUGUUAGAACUUGAUCUUAUUUCGGGCAACAUUACUGCUAAUCUUCAUUUAUUCAAUUCAACGAAUCACCGCGUUGAUGAAAGUCUUCGACUUUUCGCUGGUGACAUGAAUAAACAUCUUUCUGCUAAACACUACGUCUUCAAUUUAGCAGUCGAUCAUGUUGAACUUGACAUUUUCUUUCAUCAGAUGAAUACAACUAUCGACAAUAUUCAUUUAUCUAUUGAAAUUUGA